AUGAAUAACCUGUCUCUGUACUAUUCGAGCUCGCUUUUGAACGCUUAUCUCACGGAGAAUAGUGACUCUAACUUGGAAUUGGAUAAGCCGAGACGCGAAAAUGCGGUGCCGGUGCUUAUAACCACCGACGAGGCGUCGUUUGUUUCUGUUCCGACGGCGCUGCUGCUUCUGUCGGCUGCGCUAGGGCUGAAAAACGACCUGGGUGCAAACGUGCUUGAUUUGGAUGCAAUCAGCGAGAAAAAUCCGGCGGCAGACCGUCUGGUGGUGGCACUGCUUGCGCCGGGUUCCAGUAAAAGCGCUUCCGCGCGGCGCUCGGUGAUGUCGGCGGCGUCCACGUACAAUUCGUUGUAUUCGUCCUUGACCGACGAUCUGGCCGAUUUGGACUUGGAAAGUGUGAAACUUCCGAUCGACGAGAUGUCGCUUGAGCAGCCGAAAACCUCGCGGCUUAAGCGCAUGAAGCAGUUCUUGACGGGCGAGCAGCACAGACCCAAAGUCAUGGAUGAGAACGACAAGUAUAUUGCCUAUGUAGACGCCAAAAUGCGCACAGACUACUACUCAUGCGAAAAUUCGGCGACGCUCGAUGUGAACUUUGUGGAGGCUGCGGAGGUGCUCUUCUUUGGUGAAACUUUGAGCAAGCUUUUCGCCUCCGAGCAGUCCAUGUUGCACUAUUUAAUGUUGAGCUCGUAUGAGCUCGGGGAAGUGCGCUUUUCGAACCUCAACCGGUUCCAUGUCGAGGCCAGCUACGACGUCCAAAAGUUGUUGAUGGAUUUGCAGCCCCAGUUGGCCACUUUCAAUGAUAUUCUCGACUUGUACGCCGUCUCCGACGAGAACAUCAACCGGCAAGAACUCUUCGAAACGUUUUCGCAGUUUGCCAACGAGGCGCACGGGCUCUGUAUCCCGCUCGCCAUCUCGAUGUUUGGCAACUGGCUCCUCACGUUCAAUCGCGAUAGCGCAUUGGAGAGCAACUACCAGAACGACCUCAUUCUUGACUACUUCCGCAAGUCCAUCCGUCUUGCGCUCGUGAUCCGACGCUUGGCGCCCUUUUUCGAUGCCCAUCUGCAGCAGCUCUCCAAGAAAGACCGCUUGGACGUGACUCGAUACUGGAAAAAGGACAAUACCAAUGCCCUUUCCACGAGUUUGCAUAGCUUGGGCGAGUACCAUCAGUUCAUUCACGAACACGACAAGGCAGUGACGAUCUGGGAGAUCAACUGCCAUUUGACCGAAGAUGCCGAGCUGGGCAACUUGGCGGUGUUGGGUCUCACCAACGGCUAUGGGUUCGGGAACCUCGCCAAGAAGCAGAACCGUUUUGGCCACCAUUCAAAGAAGCACAGGUACAACACCAAGCGGCGGAUUGCACACAUCUAUCGGAUUUUGAUGAAGAAGCCUGGCUUUGACGAGUUUGGAGUAUCCUGGGCUACCAAAGAGAAGUACGACUGA